GCUAGGAACCCCACAAAGGAAGUCCGUAACUCAAACCAUUUCUGCACUAUACGUUUGAUUCUAUACUAUACGAGUCGAUGAUUCAAAGCACUACUAUGCCACUUUAAUGGUCAUGGCUUCCCCUGAAAAAUCCUGGGAACGGACUUUUGUAAAGAGUGGUGAGACUUGUUAGAAGGCCCCUUAUUCCCCUUGCAGAGGUACAAUACCCAGUGUGGUUUAAUAAUCAGUCUCUCUUCCCAGGGAACUCUGGGAAUUGCAGCUCUGUGUGGGGAAUAGAGGUCUUCUAACAAGUCUCCAUGCCCUUAAACUACAGUUCCCAGGAUUCUUUGGGGAAGGGAGCCGUGACUGAUUAAUGUGGCAUAACAGUGCUUUACUAUUCAUGGUACAGAUGUGGCCUGAGGUGGCAUGGGAUUAUAUCCCUCUGUCCCCAGGUGUACAUGGUGUACACACUUAUUGCUCACAAGGGUGAGGCAGAAAGGGUGCUAUGCACAUAAAAGGAGCAUUUUGCAUAGACAGCUGACCUUGCAACACAGAUGGAAACCUAAGCUAAUACUCCUCUGCCUAGAACCCCAACAGAGAUGUCGCCUUGGAAUUCCAAACAGAGACAGCCAACUCCACUCAACAACUGGGGUAGCCAGGUCAGAGUUCUGCAUGUAGGUAAGCAGGGAAAUGCUGUGAUAAUGGACUAACUGCAGCAGCAGCAGCCUCCAAUAUCUCCCCUCAUCCCGUUUGCCAUGUGCGAAGACUGCAUCUCAUCCAAAGUCUCUUGCUCUAACCCUCCAGUUGCUGAUCUCUGCUUGUUGCUUGCUGAUUCCAUGUCUCCUCUUACUCUCCACAGGCAUAGUGGAUGGGACUGCCCCAUCCCAUGCAGGCUGUGAAGGAAGUCCAACAGCACCCGUCAAUAUACUCACACCAGGCGGACUCCUGUGCCCUGGCAAGCUCCAUGGCCGCUGGUCAGCCAACAGGUGCUGACAUUUGCCUGGGGGAAAGCCUGUCAUGAGAUGCAGCAAAAUGAGACCCUUCUCCAUCACGAGAACCAAUCCCAUGGUCCUCUUGCAUUGCCAUGAUAUUCUAUCUAAAGAAGCACAAUCAAAAUGAGGUGCAAAAUGGCUGUGUUUAAUUAAGAACAUAAUGGCGUACAGAACUGAAUGGCAACGGGAGACAUAAGAGCCGUUUUCCUGCUCUGCUCUUAACACGGGCAAGAAUGUGAUUCCAGGGUUUGGGGUUGCUCCUUCUCCACAGCCACUGUCGAUUCUCUCUGAUCACUCCCUGGGGACCCAGAAUAGGAUGGGUGAUGGACUUGUGAAGGGAGGUGCUAUUCUCCAUGGAGCCUUCUCUCCCCACCCAGUGGGUGCGGAAUUCCGCCAGGAUCAGGAGGCUGCUGCAGACAAGCCAGAGCUCUCUGCUCCUCAAUUCCAGCCUCGACACGAAGACCAGAGAUGUGGCCUCUGAGUCUGUGGGCCUCUUCUUCAUGCUCUUGAUUGACUUGACAGCCAUUGUAGGCAAUGUAGCCAUUAUGACGGUCAUCAUCAAGACACCUGCACUGAGGAAGUUCGUCUUUGUGUUCCACCUCUGCCUGGUGGAUCUCCUGGCUGCCGUCACCCUGAUGCCUCUGGCUAUGCUGUCCAGCUCAGCCUUCUUUGACGGCACGGCCUUUGGGGAUGCCAUAUGCCACAUCUACCUGUUCUUGAGCGUCUGCUUCAUCACCAUGUGCAUCCUCUCCAUCUCGGCCAUUAACGUUGAGCGCUACUACUAUGUGGUGCACCCCAUGCGCUACGAGGUGAAAAUGACUGUGGGCCUGGUUGUCUGUGUCCUGGUUGGUGUCUGGAUCAAGGCUGUGGUCAUGUCCAUCAUCCCUAUCCUGGGCUGGCUCUCCCAAGACCGUGCCAGUAGUUCAGCAGCCUAUGGGGGACAGAGCUGCACCUUGCAGUGGAGUCGGAGUGCCUACUGCAAAUUCUUUGUGGCUUUCUUUGCUCUUUUCUACUUCCUCCUGCCUGUCCUCAUCAUCCUGGUUGUCUACUGCAGCAUGUUCAAAGUGGCCAGAGUGGCUGCCAUGCACCAUGGCCCACUCCCCACUUGGAUGGAGACCCCACGGCAGCGGUCAGAAUCCCUUAGCAGUAGAUCCACUAUGGUGACUAGUUCAGGAGCCCCUCGGACUACCCCUCAGAGGACGUUUGGGGGUGGGAAAGCUGUCAUCAUCCUCCUGGCCGUGGGGGGCCAAUUCCUCUUCUGUUGGCUGCCAUACUUCUCCUUUCAUCUCUACUCUGUGCUGAGCUCCCAUUUCCCCGGCCGGCAGACAGAGAAUGUGGUUACUUGGAUUGGCUACUUUUCCUUCACCUCCAAUCCUUUCUUUUACGGGUGCCUCAAUCGACAGAUCCGAGGAGAGCUGAGUAAGCACCUCACCUGUUUCUUCAAGCAGCCACCAGAGGAAGACCUCAGGUUACCCAGCAGAGAAGGCUCCAUUGAGGAGAACUUCUUGCAGUUCCUACAAGGGACGGGUUGCAAUGCUGAGGCCAGAAACACUCUUACCCAUCCUAGCCCUAAAAGGGACCAGCCGACCAUUGAUUUCCGGAUCCCAGGUCAAAUUGCAGAAGAGACCUCGGAGUUCCUGGACCAGCACAUGAACAGUGACAUCACUGUAUCCGACAGCUACAUCAGGGCUGCACGUUCACCCAAACCUGAGUUGUAGCUCUUUUUGCACUUGACAAUCUAGUUUCAUUGGUGUGUGAAAUAAUGCAGAACAUAACAGCUGAUGAAGGGCGGGGGAGAUUGGGAGCACUUAAUAAAUACAACCAUGGCAUUUGGAAACUUAUCGCUCCAAGAAACAG